GCCGUUGCAGCCCUUGCUUCGCUAUGAUUCGGACCAAGCCGUAUGCAUCAUCCUAUACUAGAGUUCCUUGGCGUCGAUAGACAUAUACAUGGCAACUGUACCAUCACAUUCCGCCGGCCUUAGCUCUUUCUUGUUUCAGGUAAAAGCAACUCGUGCUUACAGUUCGUAUGGUUGGACGGUCUUGGAAGAUGCAGCUCUGUGCUGUCUAGCCUGUGUAUGCAACCACAAGUCCGGCGUGUCAGUGCUGGUUGUUCCACGGUGCCAAGGGACAGGUACGCCUUUUGGAACAAGCAGCUGGUUAUCUGGUGGUAUGUUGGGUGAGCAUUCCAAAGAUGGUUCCAGUUGAGCAGCGUUUCAGCAUAAUUUGUGAUACAAUUAUACCCAAUCAAACUUCAGUGCAUAUACAUAAAUCUGAUCCAGGCGUGUUUUCGGGUUUGAAUCUUAUAAAAUCGGAG